AUGUCUGUGGGUACGGUCGUGGCUGGUAUUGCACUGGACAUGGUCGUCGGUACAAUGUUGCUCCGGCAAGGCUCCGACUCGCUGUUCAUGUUUUGGAUAGUAGCCGAGGCACUCGUGCCAGUCUUCCUAUCAAUCGCCAUAUAUGCCUCAUCCACUGUGGGGCUACCAUUCCUGUUGCUAGGCCUGUUCAAGCUUGUAUUUCCAGAGACGAUUGAAGGCGUGGCUAACAGUAAACUGUUGAGUUCAGAGAGCCCCACUGAAUCCUCUAUGAGAACGUGGUGUCGUCUCGGUGGUCAAGGCUUUGUUAGCGCAGUAGCCACACUUCUACACCACGGUCUUACAGCGUAUGUCGUCGCUGCGCUAUACACUGGUGCUGUGGUGAUGAGUCGCCCUUUGGUGCUGUGUAUGCUACCUCUGGUACUGCAACAUUUGCUGGUUCCGUUGAAGUACACACACCAGUUUUCAUUUAUAGUGGAAGUGAUAGUAGUCGAGAUCUUCUUUUAAUGGCAGGUGGUUAUGGCUAUCAGUUCAGACCAAAGUUAUGACGAGAACUCUGGACUGAGAGGGGUCAGAAUUGGCAUGGUA